UCGUCAUGAGAAGUAGGUCGAAAAAGUAUGUAGCCAAUGUUUAAUUUUCGGAUUAUUUCACUAUCAUUUACAUUUAAAUAUUCCUUUUUGUAAUGCAAAGUUUUGCAAAAUCGCCUAGAUUAUGAAUUUGGUUCACAAAUCUUAGGCAACAAGUAACCUUGGUGGAAAUAUACUCAAAGUACAUAUGGCAUAGAAGAGUAAAGAUGGCGGAUAAACAUAGCCUGAACUAUGACGUAAGGGAGCUGAAGCUAGGUGCCAGCUUCACUAACAACAAAGCAUCGCAAUAUCAUACUAUUAAAUAUGACUUUAAGCCAGCAUCUGUAGAUGUCAACAAAAUGGCGACAGUGGAUGUUGAAACUAAUAAUCAAGUGACUGUAACGGUGCCACAUUUAGAUGGCGCAGGAGUUCCACAGACAGUUUUCAAAGGCAGUCAAAGACCUUACACCAAGGAGUGUGUGCUCAUCAUAGAUAGAGUUACAGGGGAGAUCACAUUAGAGAAACUCUCCAGCAAUAUUACAGUCAAGAAAACAAGACAGGAGACAGCCCAGAAGCCCCGGCCUCUGACGCCCGUGACAGCUGACUUUAUGAACACCACGCAGCGCUCCUCCUCCCGUACCAGGGUCACCACCAACAAGCGCACCAAUAAUAACCAAGGCGCCGCCAAUGUUCAACCCAACGGUCAGCCCCGGUUCAACGCUGGGGCCCAGAAAUCGCAGAACAUGGUGCGGUCUCCGCCGCGGGUCAAGACCUCGCCCCCGCAGGCUCCGUGGUCGGGCGGCGGCAACAGUACGCACGCAUCGCUCCCUAUGAUAGGGCUGGACGAUGCGCUCGCGGGAACCUCGCCGCCGCCGGCGCCCGCCCACAAUGCGCACGGGCCCGCCCACAACGCGCACGGACCCGCCCACAACGCGCACGGGUCCGCCCACAACGCGCACGGCAGCUCACACAACGCCCACGGGCCGUCGCACAAGUCGCACGCGCCGGCCCACAACGCCCACGGACUCGCCCACAAUGCCCACGCGCCUCACGCGCCGGCACAGGCGCGCCACCUGCCCCCGCCUGCGGCGAUACCACCGCCGCCGGUGUCCAUUCCGCCGCCUGUGGCUCACACGCAACCACAAGCGGCGAGACAGGAGGACAGUUCGUCGAGCUCGUCGAGCGACAGCGAUAGCGGAAGCGGUAGCGAUAGCGACAGCGACGACAACGAUAGCGCAGCGCGCCCGCCGCUCACCAACGGUAACGCAAGCAACGCCGCGCUGCCGACCGAUGUGCUCAACGACGAUCUGUGCCUCUCAGAGUCAGGCAGUGACUCCGACUGACCGAAGCUUCCCUCUCCCCCCUACACAUACAUCCUUUAACAGCAACUCCCGGGGGGGUUUAACCCUCCCAAAAAAAGCCUGGCGAGCACUUUAUUGAUAUUCUUGUGCCUCUUCAAAUUGGGUGACUCUGACUGACCUACACAGAAUCUUUAUCCCCCCCCUACCCCACUUCCCCCUCUCACCCUUUCUCCCCUAUCCCCUCUCGCUCCUCUUUUCCCUUUGGCAUAUAAACCCUUUGACAUAAACCGCCGGGGAAAAAAACUUGGCAAGCAUCUCUAUAGAAUUCUCAAUUUUUCUAAUCUCUAAACCAAUUUGUAAGAACAAUCGAUACUUCUAUGCAUAUUUAGUACUCAAAGAGGCUUUAUGCUCACAAUUUAUUUACACUCGGUCUGAGAAUUUAUUUUAUUUUUGACAGCUCUUUAACAGAUAAAGAUGUUUGAUUGACGAUUCAAUAUAACAAUCAAUUUUAUUUAAGGAAAAUGUUCUAUCGAUUUAACACAUUGAUUUAAAACCAUUAAAAUAAAUUACUAAAGUUAAAUGUUUAAUAUAUUUUUAUUGCUUAUCUUGUUUAUAGUUAUUAUAUAUCGAUUUAUAUGUAAAUAAAAUAUGUAGUUUACACUGCCACUUAGUAUAUUUAAUAUAUAAAACUUAUGUUAAAAAAUAUGUUUGCUCUCAGAAAUGUCUAUAGAUUUAUUAUUUAAUUGUUAUAUUUAAUUAUUAUCUUUACUUAUUUAUGUAUAUUUUAAAUGGGUGUAUAACCUGAAGUAAAUAAAUUAUUAUUAUUAUUAUGUUAUAUAUUGGUAACAUAAUCUGUUAAAAAACCCAUAAAAUAUUUAUGUUCUCCUGUCAAUCAUUACAUAAUUAUAUGAGGCGUGGCAAUGUCAAAAAUAAAAUAAUUUCUUGGUUUGAUUAUAAUUCUGUAACUUUAUUUAGUAGAUUAAUCUUUCGCCUUAAUAUAAAAAAAAACAAUACGUUUAAGUUUUUGGUAUAAAUAUACAUGGAAGUAUUUUUACAAGGGACUUCAGACAACUUUUAAAAAAAUGUUGUUUCGACCCGUUUCUUUAUAUGUAUGUAUUAUUUGGCGAUAACUAUUAAUGGUUGGAACAGUUUUUAUGACUUAUUAUGCUUUUACGACAUAAAUUCCAAUUACUUUUAAUAUGGAAACUAGAUUAACCUCCAUAAUUAAUUAAAAAAAAAAGAUUUCAAAAGAAUUCAUAGUACAUGCACAUUUUUUUUUAUAUUUUCCAUCUAUUCUGACAAAAAAUGUAUGAUAAAAGUUAAACUCCGAGAUAAAACGUUAUUAUUUUCAGAAAAUACUCGACAUAUUUCAAACAUAUGUGCGCACUGUCGCCGUUCCCGGAGAAUAAAAUUGUAAUUGUAAAAAAACUAAUUUUUCAGGAACAAUAAAAAAAUUUUUGGCGAUUGUUGACAAAGUAAUAGACUUAGAUAAAAGUGAGAAAACUCGAAUCAAAGCUAAUAGUUAUAGCUUUUGUUAAGCUUGAUUGACAAAAGCCUAGAUAUAAUAAUCAAUUUAAAAAUGUAAUGUUACCGAAAAUAAAUCAUCAUUAUCUAAACGAUAACUGAUUUUAUCAUAAUCAAGUCUUAAAUUUUGAGUAUUGGAAGAUAACUGCAUAAAAAUUACGAAAAAAAUUGAGCAGAUUUUUUUUCAGAUUUCCAAAAAUGAAAUAAUACUAAAACACGUGUAAUGGCAGUUACCAUUUUAUUCUCCGGGAACGGUGCUAUGUGAAAUUCUAUUGGUUGCCUGAUUUCUAAGAAAAUUACGUAACUCUUCGAAUGGACCAAUAGCGAACGUUUUUAUUGAAUUUCCCGGGGAUUUACACAGAAUUUUUGUAUACUAGAAGUAUACACAGAAUUCUUUGAGUAUUUUUUUUUUAUUCUGCGUGCAUCAAACGCAAGACAAAAACGUUUAAGCGUAUACAUAUCACUAGAAGCACUAUUAGAGUACUUCUAGGCAAGGCAAAAUGCUAUACUAGAUUUUUGAUAUUGUGACGUGUAGAGUUAAAUGAACCGUAAUUGUCUUCCUUUAAAGUCGUAAAUGCUAUGAGAUUUUUGUUCUGCAAAGAUUUUGAUAAGGACGGCUUUAAAUGGGUUGAUUAGUUGACGUGUAAAUGGUAUUAAAAAGUUAUGGUGUUUGAAAAGUUGUACAAUGUACAUUCUGUUUUGGAAUUGGAUGGCCCUGGACUUUUAUUUCGAAAAUCUAAAAGGACUCUUAGGAAUUUAUAAAUUGACUGAGGUCUGGACUUGACACAUAUAUGAUAUCCAUACAAAAAGUUAUAUAAAAAUCGCUUUCGAUACUGUUGUUGUUUAUCGAUAACACAAUAGGAUCGAUAGUUUCAAUACAACACUGCCUAAAACUAUAUUAUAGCUUUCCAAUAUGAUCCAUACUGGAAACAAGUAGAUAUAUGAAUAAUUCUGCUAUUUAAUUGCAUUAUCAUAAAAAGUGGAAGUCCAUAAAGUAACAUUCUUCCGAGUUCGUUUUUAUCAUUCGCAUUUUUGCAAGUUCGUUUUAUAUCAUUCGCAUUCUUGCAAGUUCGUUUUUUAUCAUUCGCGUUCUUGCAAGUUCGUUUUAUAUCAUUCGAAUUCUUGCAAGUUCGUUUUAUAUCAUUCACAUUCUUGCAAGUUCGUUUUAUAUCAUUCACAUUCUUGCAAGUUCGUUUUAUAUCAUUCGCAUUCUUGCAACUGCGUUUAUUCGAAUUCUUGCCGGUGCGUUUUAUCAUUAGCAAGGUCGUUUUAUAUUAUUCGCAUUCUUGCAAAUGCAUUUUAUAUUCUAGCAAAUCCAUUUUGUCAGUGCGAUUCAUAAUAAUUCUUGCUUGUGCGUUUAAUCAUUCGCAUUCUGGACGUUGAAUAAAUGCAAUGAAAGUCAUUCAGUAAAAUGUGAGCGAAGCUAAAUAUUCUACCUUAUCUAAUAAAAAAUUUGGGCGCCAAUUGUCAAGCAAACGCCAGCGUUGUCGUAGUGUGGACGAAAAAUGCAUUACAUCUUUACACUAAAAUUGUAGGCGUAAGAUAGAGAACGACAAACAUCGACCAUCGAAAUCGUUCCCCUCUCUUUCAUUGCGUUGGGACAAAAGAGAGAGAUACGAUAUUACAUUUGCGCCGCCGCUAUUGGUCGAAAAUAUGUCUUUUGACGAUAUAUGUCUUUGUCGCAUAUUUAGCCUAAAACAAUCGACAUGAGACUUAAAGUGCAGUUCGUGUGGAAUAACUUGACACUUGGCUCGAAUGAUGUAUGUACUGUUUGUAUGGUUGUGUUUGGUAGCCAGGUGUCCAGUCAAUGCGCACGAGUUAUAGGUGUGAAACGCGAUUGAGGAACUUUUUGUCAUAUCAUUGAGAUGUCAUUUGAAUAUCCACCAGUACAAAAACGGUGCCCUUAAGUGGAAGUGAAUAAUUGCACUUCUAAUUCACACUCUGCACUCUUCUUUUAAUUCACAAGGCAGAAAUGUGAUUGAAUAAUUAAGCUUAAAUAGCGGAAAUCUGUGUCAAAAUAAACUACAUAUAAAAUUUUAUUAUAAUCAGAGGCACAAUUAUCCGCCCUCUUUAAUAUGACGCGAGUAUAUUAAAGUGGGCGGAUAACUGUGCCUCCGAGUAUAUUUAGUCUGAUUAGCUUUCUAUUAUUAGUCUUGCCACGUUUUAUUUCAUACAGUGAGUUUGAUUUUAGAUUAAUCUCAACAUGCAUUACAAACUGUUCAGUUUUGAGCUGAAUUUUCGAAAUGUACUUUUAGUUACAUUAAAAAGUAUAAUAUAAAAUACCUGUUCUAUAUGGCAAUAAAAUUAAAUGUUAGAUUAUAUUAUUAUUAUUAUUAUAUAGUCAUAUUUUCGAUGUUUGUGAUUUUUGUAUAAAAGGAAACGCUUAAAACGCUUUAUUGAUUUUAUAAAUAAUAAAUUGAAGGGUCGAAAAGUCUCUUUAAAAGAUUUUGGUUUAAAAUAUUUAAUUAAAUUAACCGGCUCCAUAGAUCUCUUUAUUCUGUAUAAAAUAAACUGUACGUAAUACAUUCUUCUAUCGAAACUAAAAAUUGUCGGAGUAUCACACUAAUAUUAGCACACUAAGUCAACUAUGGAGUCGUAAUUUUUCUCUAAACAAUUAUUAGAUGAGAUGUUAUUACCCCUAAAGUCUCGCCAAAUAUCUAAAUCUCUGGAACACAGCUCUGAACGAGACAUGGGAUAUUUAUUUAAAGAAAUUUCUAUAUUCUUAUAUUGUCUACCUAAUCGAAGUGAAAAGCCAUCGCAUAAAACAUAAUUGCAUCCCUCACAUUAGAUAGGGGCAUAUUUAUUUAAUGCGCUGCUCUGUGACAUUGAAUAUGUAGCAGCAUCAUAUGCCUGUAAUUUUACUCACGUCUAUAACCUUUAAAUUGGCUUUUUUAGCUGGCUUUUUACCACCCUGUCGACAAAUACGUACCGCCAAGCAAUUUAGCGUUCCGGUACAAUGUCGUGUAGAAAUCGAAAGGGGUAUGGAUUUUCAUCUUUCUAACAAGAUAGCCCGUUUCCAUCUUAGAUUCCAUCAUCACUUACCAUCAGGUGAGAUUGUAGUCAAACAUAUUGUAAAGACUAAAAAAAUAUUCGACCGCAGUUAUGUAUGAUUUAUUUUAGAAGAUAACAUUAGUAAUGAAUUUUAGGGGUAAUAACAACUCGUUGAUUCUAUAUGGAAUGUCAAGCAAGACAUGGUCAGAAAGCUUCCAAUGCUCUAUAAUUUUAACUUUGCGAGUUACCUAUCUAAAUACCUACUGUGAAAUAACUAUUGUUUAAGUGAAACUUACAAAUGUAAAGGGAGACAUACAAUUUACUUAAGGUAAGUGUAAGCGUGUAUCAUAAAUGGAAUAUUAUUGUGCCUCAAGUGAAUAUAUAGAGAUAUAUUUUUAUUUUAUGCCAAUUUUUUAACUAGUGUUAAGGGCGUUGCGAGCAUUAUACAUCUAUGAGUAUGCAAUAAAUUAUUAUAUAAACAAAAAUAAAA